CUAGUUCUACACGUGCGAACGAAUUGCACGAUUUAAUAACUUAAGCACGUUUAUUUGGAAAAACAUGAAGAAAAAACAGGUGGAAAGCGCAUCGGAGGAGGAGGAAGUACUGGCGGAAGACUCGGAGGUAUCCGAUGACGAAGAACUGUCAGCAGAAGGCUCUGAGGCAUCCGGUGAUGAGGACGACUCUGAGGCAUCCGGCGUGGAGGAAAACAGCGAACUAGACCUGGCCGCCAGUUCAACAGAAUCCGAUGAUGAUGACGACGAGGAGGAGAAUUCAAAACCUACACCCAAGAGUCGGGCGGAGGUCAUAGACGAGCAGAUCCACAGCAAGUACGAGCAGCUGAGGGGCACCCGGCUAUACGUCCGCUUUCCCAAGAAACUGCCGCUGGAUGUGGAUGAGUUUAAUGCCAAGGUGAAGGCGCUGCAUCCGCUGGUGGUGAAGGCACUGAAGCCUCGACAGAAGCAUGCUCGCUUUUGCCUUGUGGAGUUCAAAUCCCAGAAAGAACGCGAUCAGGCUCACGAGGACCUCAAGACCUCUAUUAAGACCGAUGACGAAUACAAGGGAUUCUACAUCUCUUUGCCCAAGACCGACUCCGCGGAGUUCAUCAACGAGCUCGUCACCCGCAAGCAAACCUCUGUGGAGAACAGGCGAACCAAACGCCUGAUGAAGCGCGCCAGCAAGAAGGCGCUGCAGGGCAAGCGCAACUUUACCUCGUCCGUGGUCAUCACCAAUCUGCCCAAGACCGCCUCUGUGGCUCAGGUGCGCCAGCUAUUCGCCGAAGCAGUUGACAUUCAAAUUAAGCCGGGUAAGGGUAAGUUCCGUGACGCCAGUGCGGCGACCAUAACCCUGCCAUCGACCCACGAUGCACGCAAGGCCAUCAAACAAAAGCUGAGUCUGGCCGGCACGGAACUGAUACUGCGCUUCAACACCCAGACGAAGCGAAAGACCAAGCCCAAGGCCAAGAAUGGCAAAUCCACUCCUGAAAAGAAUAAGAACCAAGGAGAGAAGAAGAUUCCGAUAAUGCCCAAACAGCAAGAUAAGCAGCAGAAGCCUAAAGUAGAAAAAGGGGAAGCCCCCAAAAUCAACAAACCAAUCCAGGCCACCCAGCAGAAACCGAAAGAAAAUCUUAAGAGAAAGACACCUCCUAACGGUGGGGAAUCCCUUAAACUGAAGACACCGAAAAAGUUGAAGAAACUUAUCGCAUAAAAUAUAUUGUAGUUGUUAAAAUGUUCCCUAAUUUUAAUA